UGGUGGGUGAAGCGAACUUCUAUUAUUCAUACAUCUACGUAGUGACUACUGGUAUUUGUAGAAGAAGAAAUUUCUAGAGUUGUUGUUUGUUGUGGUUAACCUCCCUCCACCGACCCAGCUGGUACUUAGCGGUGUAGCUGCCCUCCUACAGAGCACGAUGUUCGGGUGUUUGGUCGCUGGCAGACUGGUGCAGACCGAUGCGCUGCAGGUCGCAUCGGACAAGUUUGUGUUCAAUCUGGCGGACUACGAGAACGUGAAGCACGUGGUGGUAUUCAUGCUGGGGACUGUGCCGUUCCCCUCCGGGAUGGGUGGAGCCGUCUACUUCUCCUUCCCAGACCCGGUGAGCGGUAGCCCGGUGUGGCAGCUGCUCGGCUUCAUCACCAACGACAAACCCAGCGCCAUCUUCAAGAUCUCCGGGCUGCAAUCCGGCGAGGGAGGGGCGCACCCGUUCGGAGCGAUGGGCGCCGGCGGUUCCCCGUCCGUGGCUCAGCUCGGGGUGUCGGUGGAGUCUCUGGAACAGCUCGCUCAGCAGAUCCCGGUCGCCAGCGCCGCCGUGUCGACCGUGGACUCCUUCCUGCAGUUCACCCAGAAGAUGCUGGACAGUCUCUACAACUUCGCCUCAUCGUUCGCCUUGACUCAGGCGCAGAUGACCCCGAACCCCACAGAGACCUUCAUCCCCUUCAGCUGCAUCCUCAAAUGGUACGAGAACUUCCAGAGGAGGUUGGUGCAGAACCCGAACUUCUGGAAGAACUGAACACCGAUGUGGAACCAGAACUAUUAAACCACAUGUAGCAGUGCCUUCUGGGGGAAAAACAAAACAAAACAAAGAAAAACCAUUUUCACUGUUUCCAUUCUUAAGGACAAGGAUUUACAUCAGAGACCAUAAAGACCUCCAUCAGUUCCAGCUGCGAAUUCCCGAGCUAUAAUCCUGAACUGCAGCUGAUGGCACUGGUGCCACUUUAUUGUUAAUUUAAGUCAAAGUUCAGAGAAGGCUUUUGUUUUGGUUUCAUCAAGGUAGUGUAAAGAAAACACAAACUAACUGGGGCACCAGAUCUUCUGAGAACCACAGGCUAGCCUCCUGCUGAGAACCGUAAACCCAAACGCUGAGCCCUACUGAGACCAGUUCUUCCAGAAGAUGUGUUUCCUGACUGUUUGUGGAGCCUCCAGCUAGACUAAUAUAUUUUAUUCCGAAUGAUGGAAUAUUUCACACUCACCUCUAAACGAAUCCCAACAACAGGAAGUUCAGGAUUCCCUCAGAAAGACAGACUAUUUCUGAACCUGGAUCUGGUUCCUUUAAAGCUGAUGGUGAUCAGAUCUACACUAACACGAUGUUUAGUUUGAUGAAUUUUGAUAAUAAAGCAGCUUUUUGAGAUUUUA